CUUAGCUCAGUCUUCAGAGAAGGGCGUGGACUUGGAAGUGGUGAAAACGGGAGGAGAAGAAGAAGAAGAAGAAGAAGAUGCUGAAGCUUGCUUUUCGGAGUUUGCGGGGAAGAGCGGGCAUGCGGAAGAAGAAAUCGUCAAUGGCGGGCGAUGUGGCGAAAGAAAAGGUGGAUUGUGUCGUGAUCGGGGCGGGUGUGGUCGGACUUGCGGUGGCGAGAGAGCUUUCUCUCCGAGGCAGAGAUGUUCUGGUGCUGGAAUCGGCUCCCACAUUCGGCACCGGCACCAGUUCUCGCAACAGCGAAGUCAUCCACGCCGGGAUUUACUAUCCUCGCAAUUCUCUCAAGGCAAUUCUUUGUGUGAGAGGAAGAGAUUUACUCUACCGGUAUUGCUCCGAGCACGAGAUUCCUCACAAACAAAUUGGUAAACUCAUAGUUGCUACUGGAAAUUCAGAGGUUCCAAAAUUGAAUGAGUUAUUAAGUCGGGGAGUUCAAAAUGGGGUUGAAGGUUUGAGGAUGGUUGAUGGUGAUGAGGCAAUGAGAAUGGAACCUGAACUACAGUGUGUGAAAGCCUUACUGUCGCCUUUGUCUGGAAUUAUUGAUUCCCAUUCUUUUAUGCUCUCCUUGGUGGGGGAAGCUGAAAAUCAUGGGGUUAAAUUCUCUUAUAACACUGCUGUUAUUGGUGGUCAUGUUGAAGAAAACCAACUUCACCUCCAUAUAUCUGAUACCAAAAAUCUUGAAAAGUGGAAUGGAGAGGAUCUGCUGCAGCCAGAGCUCAUGUUAGUUCCUAGACUUGUAGUGAAUUCCACAGGGUUAUCUGCAGUUCCUCUUGCAAAGAGAUUUGAUGGUUUACAUGGUGGAACCAUUCCUCCGUCCUAUUAUGCACGUGGCUGCUACUUUACGUUAUCGAAUGUUGGAGUCUCUCCAUUCCAGCGUUUGAUUUAUCCUCUGCCAGAGGAUGGUGGAAUUGGAGUGCAUGUUACGUUGGAUUUAGAUGGUCAGGUCAAGUUUGGUCCCGAUGUUGAAUGGAUUGACGAAGUCGAUGGAAUAUCAAGCUUCUUGAACAAGUAUGACUAUUCUGUGUGUGGUAGUCGUGCCGAGCGGUUUUACCAGGAAAUAAGAAAGUACUACCCAAGUCUAAAGGAUGGAUCUCUGCAAUCAGGAUACGCAGGAAUCCGUCCAAAACUCACAGGCCCCCAACAAACUCCAGCUGACUUUGUUAUACAGGGAGAAGAGAUACAUAGGGUUUCUGGUCUCAUCAACCUUUUUGGAAUUGAAUCGCCCGGGCUGACUUCAAGCCUGGCAAUUGCCGAGCAUAUAGCUGCACGGUAUGUGUAAAGGUAUGGCUCGGUUUGAUAAUGAUUUUGUUUCUUUUUAUUUUUCUGUUUCUGAAAGUUAAAGGUUAGUUUUCUAACAAUUUUUUGUUUCAAUUUUUCCGUAUUAAGAAACAUUUUUUAAGUUUAACCAAAUUUUAGAACGACAAAAUAGAGUUCUGAAAACUAUAUUUAUUCUCUAGCCCUUGUUGGAUAACAACUUUGUUUUAGUUUUUUGUUUUUUAAAAAUAAGAUUGCUUCCUAACCAUUUCUUUAUUAUGUUUUUUUAUAUUCUUAAAAACACAAUUGAAUUCUUAGUCAAAUUUAAAAAACAAAAAGCAAGUUUUUAGAGACUCUUCUUUUGAUGGUAAAAAAUUGACUUAGAUUUUAAAAGGCGUUUUUAAAAAGUAGAUAACAAAACAAAUGAAGAAGUGUUUAUUAGCAUAAUUUUCAAAAGUAGA